AUGCCUCGGGACUGCCGUGACUCGACGCGGUACUGCUCCGCUCGUCUGCGCCGAUUGUUCCGGUCGCUGCGCUUCCUCCACGGCAAGGGCAAGUACCAGCGCAAGUCGCUCGAGCCCAACACUGUCACCGAUGUCAGGCAUCUGCACAUCCCGCUGUUCUCGGCGGAGCGCGCGUGGGCGUACGCGAUGGAGCUCAAGCAGGCCAUCAGCGAGGCGGGCUCCGCCGCCGCCGCGCAGGCCGCCUUCGCGCGCAAGCGCGCGCACCUUCUGCGCCGCCUGGCGCGUGCGGCCAGAUGGGCGGACGGGUUCUCGCACCUGUGCGCCGCCAGGGCCGACUCUAAAACCGCGCUGGAGGCGGAGGCAUACGCGUCCUACAUGUGGGGCACAGUGCUCAUGGAGCGUGAAACGGACUUCGACGCCGCCCUGCAGAAGUUCAGCCGCGCGCGCACGGUGUACGAGCAGCUGGGGCGGGUGGGGGACGUGGAGGAGCAGAUGGAGUGCCGGCAGCGGGCGGAGGAGAUGGAGCCCAGCAUCCGCUUCUGCCGCUACAAGAUGGGCGCCCACGCCCCCAACAGCGACUCCUCCGCUGCCGCCUCCAACCUGCUUGACCUCUCCGCUCACGAGGGUCCUGGGGCCGACCUGCUGCAGUCCAAGCUUGAGGCGGUGAUGGAAGAGGCGCGGUCACGCGAGGCAGCCAACCUGGCGGAGCUGGACUGGCUGGGGCGCAAGUACUCCGUGCUCAACGCCAAGACGCGUGUUUGCAUCCUCAAAGCACAGCAGCUGGAGGCUGAGGUGGCAUCUGCUGACGUGGCAAACGACCGUCGGCUGAACCUGUACGACAAGAUCUUUGUGGCGUACCACGAUGCUAAGCGGCUCAUCCGAGAUGACAUGGUGGCAGCCGGCGGAGCGGAGGACGUGAAGGAGCAGCUGGCGGCGCUGGAAAGGGCGGUGUCUUGCCUGGUGCUGCAGCGCACCAUUGACCGCAACCUCUUGCUCGUUGCCGGCGCCAAGGCCCGGCUUGAGAGGCAGCAGCAGCAGCAAGGGGGCGCGCAGGGGGGGCAGCAGGGGCAGGGCAAGGGGGCGGGCGGAGGAGGUGAGGGGAAGAAGGGGAAGCGGGAGAAGGGGCGGGAGGAGAAGGAGCGGGAGAAGCCUGCGAGGCCAGAAGACCUUAUACGGCUCUAUGACACCCUGCUGCAGAACGCAUCAGACCUGGGGGACCUGGCAGCAUCGGGCAGAGACGCCCGUGCGGAGGAGAAGGCACUGCAAGCACAGCUCGAGGCCAACAAAGCCUGCUACCAGGCCUGCAGGGCGUUCUACGUGGCGCUGGCGUACCAGGCAGCAGGCAAGGACGCGGAGGCCUAUGUGGUGUUUGGCAGGGCGGCAGCAGAUGCAGAGCAGGCUGCCAAGGGACUUCAGCAGCUGCAGGAGGGGUCGGGAGCACAGGGAGGGAAAGGCAAGAGCAAGGGCAAGGGCAAAGAUAAGGCAUCAGAGCACACGGCAGAGGAGAGGGAGGUGGAGGAGGUGGUGGUGCGCAGCAAGGCGCAGCGGUGUGCAAUCCAUGCGCGCGCCACUCUCGACGCCAUCAGGGCCAAGGACCCCUCCGCCCUUGAGAAGGGCGUGGCUGAGCUCUCCCUGCGCGCCAAGGACAAGCAGCAGGUAGAUGCCAAAUACAUGACUGAGAACCUGAACGAGUUCGUGAGUGCAGUCACCGUGGACUCUACUCCAGGCUCCAAGCUCGUUCCCCACAUUGCGCGAGUGCCACCACCCUUCCAAGCAGUGCCGUGCCGGCCCAUUGUUCUCGACACCGCUCUCAAUGCGAUUAAUUUCCCGGAUCUUGCGGGCCGGGCCAAGAAGGAAGGCAAGAAGGCAGGCGGUCUCUUUAGCUCUUUCUGGGGUGGUAGCCGAUCAUAA